UUCUCUUCUCAGCAGAGGCGCACUGCGCUUUUACGCAUGAGUCUAGAGGCACUGUGUCUCAGAGCAGAGUGCCGUGCAGACCUUCAGUGUAUGACGGUGUCCCAGACACAAGUAUCACUGCUGCUACAAGAUGAUCCUGCUGCUCGCUCUGCUUUCUGUUCUUUUGGGAAAACCGAGUUUGUGCCUGGUGGAGGAUGGAGGCUUUACAUUUGAUGGAAACAUCCGCCAAUUAGCCGUGACCCGCAACACGGUUUACAUCGCCACAGAGGAGAGGCUGUACCAGCUGAGCCACGACCUGACUCUGAUCAACAGUCUGACCCAGAGGGGAAUAAUAAAGACCGGAAACCAGCAGGAUGAUGUGCAGUUUCACCGGGUUUCUGACACAGCUGAGUGGAACGCAACUUUCAGCAUCAACGUGUUGUUGCCUUUUACAAGCAAUGACGCUCUGAUCAGCUGCGGUGUGACUGACGAUGACUGCAGUUACUGCGAGGUUCUGGACCUGAAGAACAUCUCCAACCUUCUGUACAGAGAACACAUCCAGGUGGGACCUCUGAAAAGCAGCAGCAGGUCAGUCAGCUUUCUGGUGGAUGUGAAGAAGAAAACUCAGACUGACACUUACAUUCUGACCGCGAUCCAACAAAACAGAGAAAAGCCCGAAAACAACAAGUGUGGUAUCAAUCAGAAGACUAUCAUCCUUCAUAAUACAGAUAACAAACAAGGUGGAGGUAUAUUUUCUCUAACUGAUGGAGCUUCAGGCACACCUGGGAUCACAAGUAAAGGUGAUGUGGAGUUUGUUGACGGGUUUCAGCUUAAUUCAACCAUCUAUCUGUUCUCCAACGCGCUCUCAGCUCAAACAAACAGAGUCCGUCUCAUUUGGCUCAAAGGCGAAAAAAGCAAAACUGAUACACUCAAGUCUCUGCGGGGCGCGACUCUCAGUGUCUCUGACGGUGACAGCAGCAGACUUGUGGCCUCCUCAGUCAUCCCGGGGGAGCAGCCGGUGCUUUGGAGCGGCGUGUUCAGUGUGGAUGGAGGAGAUACCGACACCAAGCUGAUGGUGUUUGACAUCAGCCCUGAUUACAGCAGGAACACCGACAGAGAUCCAGACUUCUACACCUCUGUGCCAUCAGAAGUGACGCCAAAGAUCCUAAAACCUAAGGCAGUCCUCUUCAGGCACAGCUACAUGACCUCUGUGCUGGCAGUGAGGCAGAGAGGCUGGAUGGUUUUCUUCAUUGGGACAGGAGACGGCCAGCUCAUUAAGCUGCACAUUUGAAGAUGACUGCACAGAUUCAGACUGGCUGUCCAUUCCUGAUGAGUCCCAGCACAAAAUGAUUUCCCACAAAGUUGAAAAGGACACAAACGGACAGAUUUUACUAAAAAUCCACACACACUUGACUGUGGGCCAGGAAGUGUCGUCCAACUUUACCUGUCAGUUCACUGCAAGGUCCAGCUCGAUUUGUGCUUUGAAUAACCCUCCUCCACAGUUCCCACAAUGCACCUGCAUCCUGUCUGAUCGUACACUUACUGCUGAUGGUCUGCAUGUCACAGUGAAAUUUAGACUUGGUUCAACACAACUGUCAGAACAGCUGAGGUUGACUAACUGCUCUGACAUCGGUGGACCACCAAGUUCAGUCUUGUGUCAGCAGUGCAUCAAAGCUGGUUGUGGAUGGAACA